AUGUUGACUUCAGAAAUCAAAUCUGAAGUGAACCAGAUCUUGGAGCAUGAUGUGGGUGACUUGGCUAAGUGGAAAGCCCUUUGUGGCUACUUCUUGGAUAAAAAGAUUUGCUACUAUACCACCAUCAAGGUCCAGGACAUGCUUGUGCAUGGCCAAAACAGAGGUGGCAGUGGCAUUUCAGUGCACAAUGCUCUUGCCAAGGGCCAGAUCAUUUUGACAGCAGGUUGUGACCCAACCUUGCUGCAAAAUUCAACUUGCUUUGAAAUCAAUCCUGGUAUGACCAAGAGAGCAGCUCAAACAGCUUGCAGUGAAAGCCUUUGGAAGGCUCACCAAAGGUUCCUUUCAGUGUCAUCAUCUCAUUUCUCCCAGUUUUGCAAGGCUAUAGCUUCAGGCUGCAAGUCUCCAAUUGCAGAGCUGAUGGAUGCCAAUGGCAGAAUGUCAGCUGCUUUGCAUUCUCAUGACCAUGAGUUUGCCAAGAUCAUUGAAGAGGUGUGGAAGUGGCUGGAAGAGUGGCCUUCCUUGCCACAUUUGGCACAAAAAGCCUUGAACUCCACCAACCAAGCUUAUGAAGCUGUUUCUGAGCAAGAGCUUCUGGCAACCAUUGCCAGCAGAGCUGCUUCUUUGACCAAGCUUGGCAAAGAACCUGAUUUUGGAAGCAUAGCUAAGGAAGCUGCUGCAGGCCCUAUUGCAGCUUAUGCUGAAACCCUAGGGAAGUUUGUGCGCCUUUAUGGAGGAGGGGGUGCUGAUUUCCCAUUGAUGGCAUUUCUGGUAUCAUUUGUGCCAUCCCAGGGAAAGUCAAUCUCUUUGGGAAAAGACUUUUGGUCUGCCAUUACUGAUGUUGAGCUCUCAAAGACCAAUCUUUUCAGCCUGACAAGGCUUGCAAUGGCAGUGACAAAUUUCCUUUCACCAAGAAGCAAGGUUUCUGAUGGCUUUGGGAGACUCCUUUCCAAGAGUGACAUACAGCAGCUGAAGAACAAGAAGUUCAAUGUCAUUUUGGGCGACAUGGAGAAGAUGUUUCAUGCAGCAUGGACCACUGUUGAGAAAGAGCCCAUCAUCAAGCAACAGGCUUUUGGCAGGCUCUUGAUCAG